AUAAUCACGAUUGUGCGCUACGACAUCUAUGAUGACCUGCUGCUAGUAAUCGCUUGCAAUUUCUUGGACGGCAUCCACCACCAUGCUUAUACUUUUGUUUACAAAAUUCUAACCUAAUAAUUAUGGAUGAAUUUGUGUUUAAUAUGUUGAUGGAAAACCCGUUGGAGGAACACAUAAAAGCCGUUAGCGUAGUUGCAAAAGUAUCAGCGAAUAUGAAUGAUGAUGUUAUUGGUUUAGAAGAUACAGUUGCAGAAGAAUAUGGUGUAAGGUCUGCUUUAAGUUUGCCAUCACAUAACUUUAUUGAAAAAAUUGCAGCGUUUAAUGACUCUGAAUGUUUGGAACAUUUUCGAAUGAAGGGGACCACUUUGCAGGUGUGUUAUGCUUAGCUUUCAUUUUAAGUAGGUAUGUAAAGCAUUAUUGACUGUUGCAGGCACUCUAUGAAUACCUAUUUAAAGACAAAGUGCAACUUUGACAGUGCGAAAGUUCCAGGUGAUAAGCAGUUAUAUGUAACAUUGUGGACUCUGGCAAAUAAAGAUUCCUAUCGAGAAGUAGGUAAUUUGUUUGGAUUGAGUAAGUCCACUGUCAACUUUAUUUUUCACAAAGUUUGUAAAUUAUUAACAGAAUGCAGAAAUGAUUUUAUUAAGUGGCCGACAGCUGUGGAACAAACUGAUAUCAAAAGAUACGUCCAUAGAGUACAUCGUUUUCCAAACACUGUUGGAUUUAUUGAUGGAUGUCACAUACAAAUAAAGGCACCUAGUAAUAACCCUACAGACUUUUACAAUAGGAAGGACGUUCACAGCAUAGUGUUACAAGGCACAUGUGAUCAUACUUUAAAAUUUAUCGACAUAUAUCUUGGCCAAACAGGUCGUUCACAUGAUGCACGGGUGUUCAGAGAAAGUCCUUUAUCAGAUGUUUUAAACCAGGUUGUUCCCUCAAAUUGCCAUAUUUUAGGGGAUUCAGCGUACCCUUUACUUACAAGGAUGAUGACACCGUAUCGAGAUACAGGCCAUCUUACAGCAUCACAAAAGAAAUAUAAUACCAUUCAUGCAAAAUCUCGUGCAUUCAUUGAACGAGCCUUUGGUCGCUUGAAGGGGAAAUUUAGACGCCUGAAAUAUUUGGAAGUUAAUGAUAUAACAGGUGUAACGGAUAUUGUUUGUGCUGCAUGUGUUUUGCAUAACUUUAUUUUAACAUAUGAACCAGAUAACUUAUAUAGUCGGCAGCAGCAAGAAGACAUAGAAAUUGAUGAAAAUCUCUCGGCAAGUGAAAAGAGGCUGUUAAUUACUAAUUAUAUAAGCUGAAAUACUUUGUAGUAAUUUAAAGUGAAUUAGAUUGUAAGUG